AUUUCAAUAUGGCUGCUGCAAAAUAACCAGAAUUUAUGUUUCUUUUCGAAUAAAACGGGUAAACUUUUUCAGUUUAUAAAAUGGACGAACUGGAAUCACUAAAAGCAAAACUAGACAGUAUAACAGUUGAAACACCGACAGUUGAAAUGCCUACAUCAAAGGAAGAUGACUUGCCUGAAACAUACAAAACAAACACAGAUAAAGAAAAUCUUCUUCUGUCAUGUUGUGAAAACUUCAGAAGACAGUUUGUGCAUUUGUACCGAGACCGCAAACCACUGUUAUUGUGUCCACUAAACGAAGCUGGUGUCGAGAAAUUUAUUUGCACUACUGUUCGUCCAACAUUGUUGCCGUAUAAAGAAAUAUACGACUAUGACAGAUGUGCCCAGUUUGUUGCAGAUUACAUCACGUUUGAGAUGCUGGAUCCUAUCAUAGAUCUUCCAUCAAUUGUUGCGUCUCCAACAACUACAGUCAAGCGUCAAAAAGGCAACUGUUUUGAAAUGAGCAUAGUAUUGUCUUCAUUGUUAAUUGGUGCUGGUUAUGAUGCAUAUUGUGUCUGUGGUUAUGCCACACGUGAAGUAACACUGAUGGACCAGACAAGAGAUAUUUGCCCUUUGUUGAAGCCAAAAGAUCAGUUAACAGUGAAAGAAGAGAAGAAGGUGGUCAGCAAAUAUGCUGUAAAACCUCCAAAAGAUCUUGCAAGUAAAUUUGAAGCAAAAAUUGCUUCCAAAGCGAGGGAAGAAGAGGAAGCUUUGGAACAGAAAAGACGCAAUGAAGAAGCUGCUAAGAUUGCUGAGCUGGAGAAACCCAAGGCAGACAAACUUCAUGGUCUGAGAGUCCACUGUUGGGUCCUGGUUUUGGCGGGAAAACGUGAGGUGCCUGAAAGUUUCUUCAUUGAAUCAUCAACUGGUCAAUCCUAUUCUCUCAAUUUCUCCGGAUAUCUUGGUGUGGAGAGUAUUUGGAAUAACAGAAACUGCUGGGUUAACAUGCAAGAUUGCUCUAAAGGCGUUAUAGACAUGUCCUACGAUCUUGGCGAUGCUGCAAAAUGGGAAUUUCUUUUCCCAACAACGGAUAAACCUUUGCUUGCAUUACCAUUGAUCAAUGAAGGUAGCUUGGAUCUAGAUGAAGAUGAGGAAGAGGAUGAAGGUAGUGGUGAUUUUGAUCUUCCGCCAUCUUGGGUGGAGCCAAUCCAUAUCUCACUUCGAGAUUAUCAAACUCGUUGUCCGAUGGGGAAACGAACAAUCCUUUUCAAGCGAGCAAAACAAGAGAAAUUCGCGGAAUACUUAUGCAAGGAUGGCUUGGUUAUGAAACUAUCCUCAUACGCUGACUAUGAACUCAAAGAGCUGGUUGAAGUGAACGACACAUACAAACAUCGCGCUGAUAAACUAGACAAGAAGACACAUAACUACACGACCGGCAUUGUUACAGAGUACUUUAAUCCCGGAAGACUGGACUGUCUCAAAGAGCAUUGCUACAAGGCAACGACACCUGGUCCGGAAUCUGAAAGAACAAUGCAUUUCUACUCAUGUGCAAGAAUCGACGGCUUGGUAAAGCAGGAGGAAACUUCGACGGAAAUGACGCAAAACUUCAUGGGAAGAGACGAUUAUUUGUAUUAUCGUCAUGUGACGUUUGGUGUUAGGACAAAAAAAUUUGGUCCAACUCAACAAGUGAACUAUAGACCAAUCCUGAAAAUUGUUGAGAAAUUUGAUCGUAAUCCAGAUAAAGGUGCAAAUGAUGACGUUGCUGAGCGGUUGUUCCUUGUGAGUGAAGAAAGAAUAUGUUUGAUAUUUCAUUUGGAGGAAGACAGAGUGACUGCAUCAACACGAGAGUUUGUAAAACCAGCAAACACUGAAGAGAAGAGCGAUACGUUCACGAUGACUCCUGACAUGACCACAACAUUCCAGGUGGAUCCGUUGUUGAAACCUCAGAAAAACCUGACAGUUUACGAUAUGUUGGUGUUCCUAAUCAAAGCUGAAGAAGAAACCAUUGCACAAAUCCGUGCGAUGGAGGACGAGAUAAAAGAAAUUCUAAAAGAACGCGCAAUUGAAGAGGCAUCUUGCGCCCUGACCAUCUCAGUUUAUGACACAGAAAGAAAUGAAAAAGCGAAACUACACAGAGAAGAACUGCAACGAAAGGCAGAGGAAGAUGAGAAGAAGAAACACGAAACUGAGAUGGAUUACCUCGCUCCAUUCCUCGCCCAGAUUGGUGAUCCGAGCAAACUGAGCAGAGCGGAGGCGUAUAAACUAAAAGAAGAAUGUCUACAAGAUUUGAAACAGAGAUUGAUUGAUAGGGCAAACCUUAUUCAGGCGAGGUUUGAGAAGGAGACACAGGAGUUACAGCACAAGCAAGCUUGGUAUCAACAGAAUCAAAUAUCUAUGAAUAAAGAGGACGAGGAUGAUUAUUUAACUUAUUGCAGUGAAGCAAUGUUUAGGAUCCAUAUCUUGGAACAUCGUCUACAGAGACAUAAAGAAAUGGCACCUCCUAAAUACAUGCAGUUGGAACACAAAUUACGCACAGAUCCUAGACUCGCUGAGCAUUUUUAUAAUGUAAAUUAAUACUUUUGUUGUACAGCUAUAUUGUAAAUAUAUUGAAUA